AUACAGGUUUCUUUGUGUGAAAAGUGAUCAGCAAUUUUAACUUGAUCGACGUAUAGAAAAAGGAUCUUCAAUUUAAGGAAUUUUCAAAUUGAAAAGGUUCCCGGUGAUAUUCACAAAGAUGAGAUUUCAAGUUUACGUCCUUCAUCUCUGCUUCCUCAUGCUCGUCGCGUUGACGUGCCAUUCCCAGGCACAGUUAGCUACAACCACAACCGAGCAGCCUACUUUUCUACAAAAGAUCCGUGAAACGUUCAAAAAAGUGGAGGAAACCACGAAGAUGAAACUUCAUAAUUUCCAUAUUUUUGACCCACCAUGGAUUUAUACAACAACCACAACUACCACGGAGAAACCAGAAGAAGAAUUAGCCGAAAAUUUUAAUCUAGAGAACAGACAACUCAUCACAGUGCCCGUCAGGUGUCCUCCCAAUCAUGACUUCAUAAGGGGAAGGUGUCGCGAGAAAAUUCCAUAAAUUUUCCAUUCUUUUCCAUCUU